CGGGGCCGAGGUCCUGAGGGGGGCGGUGCGCAUAUAAAAGGACGUGAGGCGCGCAGGCGCAGUGAGCGCGGCUGUGGCGGCGGCGGAGGCGGCAUGGACGACGAGGAGGAGACGUAUCGCCUGUGGAAGAUCCGCAAGACCAUCAUGCAGCUCUGUCACGACCGCGGCUACCUCGUGACCCAGGACGAGCUGGACCAGACGCUGGACGAGUUCAAGGCCCAGUUCGGGGACAAGCCAAGCGAGGGCCGCCCCCGACGCACGGACCUCACGGUGCUGGUGGCCCACAACGACGACCCCACGGACCAGAUGUUCGUCUUCUUCCCCGAGGAGCCGAAGGUGGGCAUCAAGACCAUCAAGGUGUACUGCCAGCGCAUGCAGGAGGAGAACAUCACACGGGCCCUCAUCGUGGUGCAGCAGGGCAUGACGCCCUCCGCCAAGCAGUCUCUGGUGGACAUGGCUCCCAAGUACAUCCUGGAGCAGUUCCUGCAGCAGGAGCUGCUCAUCAACAUCACCGAGCACGAGCUGGUCCCCGAGCAUGUGGUGAUGACCAAGGAGGAGGUGACAGAGCUGCUGGCCCGGUAUAAGCUCCGCGAGAACCAGCUGCCCCGCAUCCAGGCAGGAGACCCUGUGGCUCGCUACUUUGGCAUCAAACGUGGGCAGCCCGGCUCCCCGCAGGUGGUGAAGAUCAUCCGGCCCAGCGAGACGGCCGGCAGGUACAUCACGUACCGGCUGGUGCAGUAGCUCCGGGACACGCGGCUGCAGAGGCUCUGGGAAAGGACGGCGCCCGGCAUCCCCUCCCAGUCCCCGUGUGCCCAGGGCCCUUACCUGGGGAGACCCGGGAGGGGUGUGUGGCCAGGCUCCAGGACCCAGCUGCUGCUGGGCUAAAGGCCUUUCAGGACGGAGACAGGUCUGCCUCCCUGCUCAGAAGUGGGGAGCCCACCCCUCAUCUCGGGUUCCUGCUCACAGCUCAGCCCCCCCCCCCCACGCCUGAGUCGGAGUCUCUGGGGGCGGGGCAGCGCUGGGCACCCCAGCACGAGGCGUGCCCUCUCCACCCUGGUGCUUCCUGGAGGGUGAGAGCGGGCACCCCACCAGCAGCCACGGCUGACGUCUUCAGAGGGCCCGGUGGCCAUACACCUGUGCCAGGACCCGGGUUCAAGCCCCAACCUCACCUGCAGGGCAGGGACUUGAGUGAGAAGCAGGACUGCAGGUGUCUCCUGUCCUCCCAGCCCAUCUCUGUCUCUUUGUUAAUAAAUACAUUUGUUAAAGUU